AUGAAGGCAGCGCCAGGGACUCCGCCUCUGCGCUGCUGCCUGGCCGCUGAUUGGCUGGGUGGGGAUCCGCGUGGGCGCAGCGGAGGACUGUCCUAUAAAAGCCGGGAUCCCACGGACAGACGCGCUCGUGUCGUGUUCCCUCCAUCACUAGCAGCUCGGAAGAGGACCGUGGACCCCCCCACUCCCACUGACGCUCCACGCAGGAUGUCUCGGACCGACGAAGUGCACCGAAUCACGGAGAAUGUCUACAAGAACAUCAUGGAACAGUUCAACCCGUGCUUACGGAACUUCAUAGCCAUGGCCAAGAGCUACGAGAAGGCUCUCACCAGUGUCACAUAUGCUGCAAAGGGCUACUUCGACGCUCUGGUGCGGAUGGGCGAGAUGGCCAGCGAAAGCCAAGGCUCUAAGGAUCUCGAAGAGGCAGCAUGGGAUGUGCUCUUUCAGAUGGCUGAAGUGCACAGACAGAUCCAGAUCCAGCUUGAGGAGAUGCUAAAGUCUUUCCACAACGAGCUGCUGACGGAGCUGGAGAAGAAGGUGGAGCUGGACGCGCGCUACCUGAACGCGGCGUUGAAGAAGUACCAGAUGGAGCACAAGAGCAAAGGGGAGAGUCUGGAGAAAUGCCAGGCGGAGCUGAAGAAGCUGCGCAGGAAGAGCCAGGGCAGCAAGAACCCUUCCAAGUAUGGAGACAAGGAGAUGCAGUACGUGGAGGCCAUCAGCAACAAGCAGAGUGAGCUGGACCAGUACAUCGCUAAGGGCUACAAGAACGCUCUGUCUGAGGAGAGGAGGAGGUAUUGCUUCCUGGUGGACCGCCAGUGUGCCGUGGCCAGCAACAGCAGCGCGUACCACAGCAAGGGGAAGGAGCUCCUCUCCCAGAAACUUCCGGUGUGGCAGCAGGCGUGCGCUGAACCCACCAAGCUGCCGGACAGAGCCAUGUUCCUGGCCCAGCAGAUGAGCGGAGCAGCGGGCGCCCUCCAUCCCGCCAUCUCUGAGCAUAUCUCCGGGGCUAAACCUCUGCCGGUGCCUCCAGAGCUGGCCGGCUUCCGGGGCGCCGCCGCCAUGGGACAGCAGGUCGGUUUCUCCUGCAACCUUCCUUUGAUCCAGUGGGAGUUUUAUUCAGGCAGCGUCUGAUCAGUCGCUUUAAAU